AAUGUAUUUUUCACCGAAUCGUGCAUUUAUUCCAUAUAAAUGGUAUUUGCUAAAUAAGUUGUGCAGAAUGUUUCACAUCGGCCUUGUUGUUUAAUCAUUGGUUCGGGCAACAAAAGUUUUUUGGCCAAAAAUUUUUUUAUAUCGAUUGAUGAGGUUUUUUGUCAACAUUAUAUUUAUAUUCAAAACGACUUGAAUAUAUCAUACCCAUUCAUCAUGGUUGAACCUCUUAAAAUACCAGACUUCAUCAUAGAACAUCCUAAUUUAUCUGAAGAAGAUCGCCAAUCAUUAAAGGUUGAAGAAUUCGAAAAAUUAAUUGCCGCUGUCAAACUAAAAUGUCGACAAAAAAUCUCAUCAAUCGAUAUAAAAAAAUUUUUGGCCAAAAAACUUUUGUUGCCCGAACCAAUGAUUAAACAACGUUGCCAUAUGGUGCAACAAUUGGAAAAUGCUUUAUGUAGCCAAGGAUUCUCCUGUAAAUUGCAAAUAUUCGGUUCGAUUGGCUGUGGUUUAGCCUUCAAAGAUAAAUCUGAUAUUGACAUAUUUGUCCGUGUACCUGACAUACGUUUUGAUCGUCAACCUUUAAAGUAUCGAGCGGAAAAUUUCGAAAACAUUCGCAAUAAAUUUCGUUCAAUGCGAUCGAUAUUUCGUACUCAUGAAGAUACACUAUUUCCAUACAAUGUAUUUAUUGAAACAUUGUUACAACGAAAAAUGCGCGUUCCCUUACUUCGUUUGACCAUAUUCAGCGAUAUUUGGGAAUGUAAUCAAUACCUAGAAUUGAUACGAUUAUCGAUUAAAUGUGAUUUAAACGUUAAUUGUGCCCUUGGUUUGGCAAAUACUCGUUUGAUACGAUUCUUAUGUCAAUUGGAUGCCCGUUUUAUGUCAAUCGUUUUACUUGUUCGUUUAUGGCUUCGAAACAUUGUACGCGAACGAAUCCUAUUAUCAUCGUAUGCUGCAACCUUAUUGGUUUUAUUCUAUUUUCAACAAAAAUCUAUACUUCCAGCCAUUGACUAUCUCAUUAAACUCUCCAGAUCUCCUUAUCCUUUAUACACAAACACAUGCCGUACGGAUUUCUGUACGAACAUAGAUAUUGUGACACAACAUUUUCCUCAUGAUAUUUGCGACGAAAAUGUUGCCCAAUUAUUCAUAGGUUUCUUUAAAUUUUAUUCACAAUUUGAUUUUAACUCCAAUUUUAUUUGUACACAUACAGCCAAGAUAGUCCCGAAAAAUUAUCCAUCCGAUGUCGUCGAAGUUUAUGAUCCAUUUGAUAUGACACAUAAUGUUACGGGACGUGUAAAUAUUGAAGGAAUGGUUCGCGAAUUUAUUGAUGGCUAUGAAUCUUAUAAAAAUUAAUAAUAAUAAUAUUAAUUAAUUAAACACAUUUAGACUGAUUAUUCAAA